UUCAUGUGCUGGAAACAGAUCAUGAGUAUUAGAUUUGCUGGCAUUCCUUGAAUAGGAAUGUGGAACUGUUUGACAUUUUCUUGCUGCCACAAGGCUAGCCGGCCUGAUGAGGACUCAUCAAAUGGGAACCAUCGCACUAACAACAGCGAGACUGCAAGACCUGUCGAGAGACAUUCGCUCAUCGCUGGCUUCAGGAGAUUCAUGGUUAAAAGGAGGCAAGGCAAAAUGGGUGGAACCAAUAUUACCCACCUUGUCAUUGAGAGCAUGAAGGAUUCAGUGCUAUCCUGUAUGGAUCUGUCAGCCUUCAUACAGGACUCACAUGAUGCUCCUGUUAAGGAAACUGGUAACAACCAGGAAGUGCGCUCACCUGAAAAAUCCAAGACGGUGCAGGCGUCCACCAGCGAGCUGCUCAGUUGUCUUAUGGAGUUUCUCUGCCGCAGGUGUAAGGAGUUCCAGCAUAUAUCGCCCACAGAUAUCGCUUUAUGGAUGACCGCUGCAGACAGCUCCCUCUCUGAAUGCUGGCAGAUGGUUGGUUUCAUCACUCUGGCCAAUGUAGUGUUUCUCUACAUGCUCUGCCAAGAGGUCAUGUCAUCUGAGCUGCACAGCAUGCAGGAACUAAUGGCAUAUCUAUCAACAUGCUUGUAUUUAUCCUACGCAUACAAUGGCAGUGAGACCUCCUACCCACUGAGGUCUUUCCUUGCUGAAAGCUCAAAGGAAGCCUUUUGGAGUCAUUGCCUCUACAUUAUCAACUUAAUGAGUGCAAAGAUGCUCCACUUCCACACUGCCCCCCAGUAUUUCAACCAGGUCUUUGAAGAUCUUAAAGCUGAGGGUGGACAGCAGGACAUAACAUCAGUUUAAAAUCAUUACCUGAGCU